ACUUUCGAAGUUGCAACUUCAGGGGGCAAUAAUUUCAUUUGACAAAGUUUUGGGGGCGUAAAAGUGGAAAUAAAUGGUUUAGUUGAGGGUUGAGGGUGAUAUAUAAUCUAGAGGACUAGUUUGUAAGAGCGGGAGAAGAAUAUAUUCUUUUCCGACAAAUUUUAAUCACGCGGGUCACAAACCUAAUAAACAAAUAAACCUGGGUAUAUUCUAUUCUAUUGCCUGUUGGUGACGCGUAGAGAGAGAGCCGGGGUGGGGGGGGCUGAGUUCUCUGACUUUUCAGAUUUCCUCAACGUAUACGAAUUCGCAUCUUCCCCGCCUCACCACAAGCAACGUUUCGAUAUUCUCCACUUCUUCUUCUUCUUCUUCUUCUUCUUCUUCAUGAUGAUGGGAGCAACGAUUCCCGCAUAGCCGUAGCAAGUGUUUGAUCUCUCGCUCUCUCUCUCGCUUGAAGGGGUGCUGAUGGGGAAGAAGGGGGAAGAGGGAGAGGCUAAUGGGGCGAAUGUGUUGGAAGCGAUGCCCCUUUUUGCCAAAGAGCUGAUUGCCGGCGGUGUGGCCGGUGGCGUCGCCAAGACUGCCGUGGCCCCGCUCGAGCGCGUCAAGAUCUUGUUCCAGACCAGAAGAUCAGAAUUUCACAGCAUCGGGCUGCUCGGAUCAAUCAAGAAGAUUGCCAAGACCGAGGGAGUUAUGGGUUUUUACAGAGGGAAUGGUGCUAGUGUGGCUCGUAUAGUUCCAUACGCUGCCCUUCAUUAUAUGGCCUAUGAGCAGUACCGGAGAUGGAUCGUUGACCGCUUUCCUAAUGUUGGAAGAGGCCCCGUCCUUGAUCUUGUAGCGGGAUCCUUUGCAGGCGGAACUGCUGUGCUUUUCACUUACCCUCUAGAUUUGGUUCGGACUAAGCUGGCUUAUCAGGUCGGAGGUUCAGCAAAGUUGCCAAUUAAAGGAUUGCUUAGUUCUGAACAAGUUUAUCGAGGAAUACUCGAUUGUUUCUCCAAGACUUACAGGGAAGCUGGCAUUCGAGGUCUCUACCGUGGCGUAGCACCUUCUUUAUAUGGAAUCUUUCCGUAUGCUGGUUUGAAGUUCUACUUCUACGAAGAGAUGAAACGACACGUUCCCGAGGAACACAAGAGGGAUAUAACGGUGAAACUGGUAUGCGGAUCUGUAGCAGGCUUACUGGGUCAGACCUUCACAUAUCCUCUUGAUGUUGUUAGGAGGCAAAUGCAGGUGGAACGGUUCUUGGUCUCGAAUAGCACGGUUGCUGUCAAGGGAACGAUGGAAACCCUUGCGAUGAUCGUUGAGAAGCAAGGAUGGAAGCAAUUAUUCUCUGGGCUAAGCAUCAAUUACUUAAAGGUCGUUCCGUCGGUUGCCAUCGGGUUCACUAUCUACGAUGUCAUGAAAUCAUGCCUGAGGGUCCCAUCUCGGGACGAGGCCGUGAUUGAGGUUGUCGCUAGCCGGAGGAAUAGUGAGGCAUCCUCAUUGCACUCUUGAUCACAACUUCCUCCCCUCAACCAAGAUACACAAAGGGAAGCCAGCCAACGCCGGGUCAAAUUCAUGUAUUUUCAAGAUAAAUUGAAUUGUACAAUUUCAUUCUCUUCCCCGAGCGAUUGAUGCUACCCCAUUUAUAGGUAUAGGAGAUUCCCUGAAUAGAAAUGGGAUCGCGGGAAUUACAUUCUAGGAAUCUUUCCAAUUCCUCGUGGCAUUGGAGAGGCAGAACUCGAUCGAUAAGUCAUGGACAUAUUGACGGUAUUGAUGUCGGUGGUGUACAUAAUGUAAUUGAUUGGAAGUUGGGCUUCAAUAAGAUUACAAUUGCAUUCAGA